AUGGAGAGCGGCUGCGGCUCCGGGUCCGCGCGCCACUACGUCGACCCCUGGGACGUGGCCAGCUACGAGUUCCUGCUGGGCGCGCCCUCCACCGACAGCUCCGACUUCUACUUCGUCUCGCCGCAUCAGCACCAACUCUGCAGGAGCGACGGCGAGGACGGGCAGCGGGCGUGGUCGCCGAGCAGCCGCACCCCCGAGCUGGCGGCCAGCCUGGAGGAGGCGCACUUCUGCAACGGCCGCCUCUCGUGGCGCCGCGUGCGCUCCACGCCCCCGCACUCGCAGCCGCACGCGCUACCCCUGUCGCUGUCGCAGCCACCCUCCGCCUCCGGCUCAGACUCUGGAUCUCCACUCACAGGUGACGAACCGUCCAUACCACUUACACCAUUACCUUCUCUUGACAACAUGGAUCCCACUCUGACAUAUGGACAAUUCAACACACAGUAA